UUUUCAAAAGAUGUCCAAGCUACCUACAAGAACAAAAUCUAACCCGUGUCUCUGAAUUCCAUUUCAUGAGCCUCUCAGAGGACCCAGACCUGCAGCCCCUUCUCUUUGGACUGUUCCUGUCCAUGUACCUGGUCACAGUGCUUGGGAACCUGCUCAUCAUCCUGGCUGUCAGCUCUGACCCCCACCUCCACACCCCCAUGUACUUCUUCCUCUCCAACCUGUCCUUGGCUGACAUCGGCUUCAUCUCCACCACGGUCCCAAAGUUGAUUAUAAACAUUCAAACUCACAAUGAUGUCAUCUCCUACGUGGGCUGUCUGACACAGAUGUCUCUUUUUGCCAUUUUUAUUUGUAUGGAUUAUAUGCUUCUGACUGUGAUGGCCUAUGACAGAUUUGUGGCCAUCUGUCAUCCCCUGCAUUACACAGUAAUUAUGAACCCUCGCCUCUGUGGCUUCUCAAUUUUGGUAUCAUUUUUGCUGAGUCUCUUGGACUCUCAGCUGCACAAUUUGAUGAUCUUACAAAUUACCAGCUUCAAGGAUGUGGAAAUUUCUAGUUUCUUCUGUGACCCUUCUCAACUUCUGAAUCUUUCCUGUUCUGACACCUACUCUAUUAAUACUGGCAAGUAUGUUCUUUUUGCCCUAUAUAGCUUUUUCCCCAUCUCAGGGAUCCUUUUCUCUUACUAUAAAAUUAUUUCCUCCAUUGUGAGGAUCCCAUCCUCAGGUGGGAAGUACAAAGCCUUCUCCACCUGUGGCUCUCACCUGGCAGUUUUUUGCCUAUUUUUAGGAACAGGUUCUGCAGUGUACUUUGGAUCAGUUGUAUCACAUUCUCCAAGAGAGAAUGUGGUGUCCUCAGUAAUGUAUACUGUGGUCACCCCCAUGCUGAACCCCUUUAUCUACAGCCUGAGGAACAAGGAUAUCAAAGGUGCCCUUUGGAAGCUUCACAGCAGGGCAAUCUAA